GACAAACCUUCAAAGAGGGGAUGUUGAAUCAGCGAGGUGAAGCUGCUGACCUCCCCUGUUCGAAGGUUAUAAUGGACACAGGUUUGUAUGUCUGUGUCCCAUAGCUAGCUAGAGGCGAUGGCCUCUUGGAGCUAAUCAACGGCAGCAUUCGUUGUAUUUUCCUGGACUGCCAUGUUAGCUUGAUGAUAACUAUUAAUAUCCAGUACCACUGCCGUAGUUUCCUUUAGAGAGAUUUAGAAAUAUUAAUAUUUCUAUUAAUGUCAUUUAUAUUUCUUUCUUUCGCAUUUCAUUGAUCAAUGUUGGCACUCCGUCGGUUACGACGACGAGGGUUCUAGUUGAUCCGAUCAACGGAACAGCCUGCUCGUAAAAUUAACGUGCAAGUGGCUGAGCACACUACAGACACGUGUACCCUUAACGUAGUUCUCGGGGAUAUUCAGCGUGGCACAGAGUGACAAGGCUGACCCUUUGAAUUACAGGCACAACAGAAAGUAAGAGUGAGAGAAAGUUGUGGUGGAAGAGUACAGCAGGUUUCGCCACCAUCCCCUGCCGGAGCCUCGUGGAGCUUUAGGUGUUUUCGCUCAAUAAACACUCACAAUGCCCGGUCUGGGAAUCGAAACUGCGAGUCCGCUGCCCUAACCACAGGGUCAUCGCGCCUCCACACAUCAAUAUAUAAAAACAGAACACGCUCGCACACACACACACACACAUAUUACCUUCCUCUUCCACUUCGACACGUCAAACAGAGCAAGCACGCACACACGAGUAUUUACAGUUGACAAGAGAGUACGUACUUACGGAAACUAGCUUAUUCUGAAAGAAGGCCUUUAUAUGUAUGUGCAUACAUAUGUAUACAUACAUAACAUAAACACGCACAAUAAGCAGGCAGAAGUUUUCAAGCUAAAUACUUUUUUUUAAAAUCAAAGCUAUCGAUGCCAUGUCGAUAAUUUACCUACAAAUCUAUUUCGUAACAAUAGCAUGUAUUCUUGGAACAGGAAUUCUUGGAUUGCCUGUGACUUUGUACAAAUCAGGAUUUUACCCUUUCUUGAUAUCGUUUCUGGUGACAUUUGUCUUUCAAGUGGUUUUAAUUUGUAUCACUGUGGAAAUACUUCAGAGAUCCUGUAUUAAUCAGUUUCUGGAUUAUAAGGAAAGUCUUGAUGAAGACCUCCACGAUGCACUUCAGAAUAAAAAGGACGAAAGUGAAUCUAGUGAAGAUGAGGAUAAUACGCACAACCACUUCAUCACUUCACCUAAUCUUCAUAUGUUAAGUGAGAUGUUUCUCUACAAUGGAGUACGACACAUUUUUGAUUUCCUGGUUGUGUUGCAGCUGUCUUCAAUAAUGAUUGGUUAUUGUCUGGCUGGUAGUGAAUCAUACUCUGGAAUACUACAUAUAAAGAAAGUUUAUAUUAUGCCUGUCUAUGUCUGUGUUCUUUCAUCACUUAUAAUAUUUGCACUCCAUUUGAUUCAACCAAUUAUAUCAUUGCUCACCCUCUUCAAGGGUUUGGCAUUUGUUUUAACUGUGAUAAUAACUUGCAUUAUUGGCUUCAAAAUCCAAGAGAAUGUUAUUGAUGACUACAACUAUAUUGGCAAUUCUUUCCUCAUGGGAACUGUAGCAUUGGGGGGAACUACAAAUGUGAUGCCAUUUCUUUACAAAGAUAUUGUGCAAAAUAAAACAGAGAUCAGGAAAUAUUUAUUAGCUGUACUUUCUGCACUGACUACCUGUACAAUUUUAAACAUUUCUUGGUAAGAUAAAAACUUUUUCA